AUGUAAAACACAAAAGAAAAAUAGAGUAGCUUUUGUAUUGAAUUAUACGUUCCAUUGAGGAUAAUAUAAAAAGUCUUGUAUUAUUGCUAAUAAAAGUGCUAAAUAAUCGUGCGCUAUCGGUAUACAAUUUUUAUUUAAAAUUCUAUGGAAAUGAGCAAGUGAACUCAUGAGUAAUUUUAGAAAAUCUUGUAACCUAUGAUUUUUAUUAACAGUGACUUUAUUUAAAUUAUAUAGCAAAAUAUUUUUAAGAGUUUGCAUUUCAUGAAUUAACUUUGCUUGUAUGUGAAAUUAACGAGAGUGAAAAAUGGCAACGAAUGAAGACUUGAACAAUAGUUUACCACUGCCUGUUGAUAAAUUGCCAGAAUGCUGGAAUAAGGAUGAAAGAAUGAAUUCAUUAUUUGCACAAUUUCGAAAUCGGUCGGUCAAUCCUCAGGAUUGGGAUUCAAAAUAUACGUUCUGGAAAAAUAUGAUAUCAGAAUGGUUGGGACAUCAAAUGCGCUGCAGCUUCUCUAUUUCUGAUCUUAAUUUGGCAUUCAAACGCAAUGGUCGUAUUCCUUUGUGCCUCUCUAUUGUUGUGCAAGAACUUCAUAAAAAUGGCGAAAUCAUAUCACUUCCUGAGUUCUUGAAAGGACCUGCUGGUACUUGGACUGGUUGGGCCAUCGAUAUAUUGGUUAAAAAACCAUUGAUCUGGUCUUUCUUCAAAGUAAAGAAUAGCAUGUAUGAGCAAAGUAUAGACACAAAUGCAAAGUUUGUGCAUGUUAAAACAGUAAAGGAACUUGCAGAAAUAAUACUCACUACUUUGGAAGACACAGAGAAUAAGUCUCUGAUACCAUUGUGCGAAGUAACCAAAAACUGUCAAGAAAAAUCUCAAAAUAAACAUAUAACGAAUGAAAACAUAAAACUGGCAAUAAUUUGGCUUCGACAAGCAAAAAAGGCAGCUUUCAGGGAAAACACUGUACAAAAGGAUUCUGAAUUGUUAGUGAAAAUAUCUCCUCAAGGAGUAACAGAAGUGACAGAAGUGGAAGAGGGUUUGUACAAAUUGUUGAAGCAAGAAGAGAUGCUCACUAAAAACUUGGAAUUACUUGAGGUUGAGAAAAAUGCUGUUUUAAAAAACGCUAAAUCUUAUCUGGCUAGCGGUUUACGCCAAGUAGCCAAAAGUUGUUUGCGCAAGAAAAAGGAGCUUGAAAAAAGCAUUGAAAAACGUGCUGCAGCGUUACAAAACGUACAGAUCCUCAUUGCCAGAAUUCAUGAUGCUCAUUCGGAUUCUGAAGUUAUGACUUCUUACAAAACUGGAUGCAUUACUCUCAAGAAGAAAUUAGAGGAGGCUGGCUUAACUGAAGACAGUGUCCGAGAUACCAUGGAUGACCUGUCUGAAGUUUUGGAAGAAUUCAAAGAAUUGCAAACUGUAUUAUCGGAAUCAGUCGAGCACAUUGAAUCUGAUCAUGAAUUGGAGACAGAGUUGGCCGAACUUAUGGCAAGUCCGUCGCUUUCUAAUAGUUCAGCUGACACUUCUGUGGAAGAUCAAAAUAAAUUACCAUCACAGUCAGAAGAUCACAAACUACCAAAACUGAAUGAUCUUGAACAGGAAUUGAUGUCUCUACAUUUGCAAGAUAUGCCUUCUCCGCCCAAAUCUUCACGCUCCGUGCUUUCUACGUUAGUCAAGGAAAAAAAUCCCCUAACAUCAUAAUCUUAAACUUCACUGACCAUUCGUGUAUCCUGCGCAGAAUUUGUCAGCUGUGUUAAAUUUCCUGUUCUCUAAUGGAUCGCUGGACGAUAUGCAUUGGCUAUAUGGGAUAUACGGUACAGUAAUAGAUUGUAAGACGAAACUGGAAUCUGCGGACUCAGUUCUACCGAAUCCAGCAACUUUUCCAUAAUUUCCGUACUCCAAAAUGGCGAUAUCAUCACCUCUGUAGUCUAGACAUACGGGGGCAACUACAGCCGAAAAUAUAAAUGGUUUUUUUAAUUGCAA